CUUCCACGUCAAGCCUAUAUAUAACUUCCGUCAGUGACUGCCACGUAGACCGUGAAGAAACUGUUCGGACUCAAUCCAUUCAAAGCGUCGACAUCAACUGCCAAUUGCCCACAUACUUACGCACCCUCUAUCCUCCAUGCCCGUUUUCACCGAAUCCGCCGCCUCCACGCGUGAGCUCCGCGUAUUGCCUUCAUUCGCCCCGCCACUCCCCCGUCUCAAUGCCCCCUUCUCCCAACAGAACCAACCAGACAGAUAUGAAGUCGUUGUCGUCGGCGCCGGUCCCGCGGGGCUUAUGCUGAACCUCCUGCUUGCCCGCUACGGCCUCAGCGACGAGUCCCUCCUGUGUGUCGACGCCAAGCCGGGGACUUUGAAGUCCGGCCAGGCGGACGGGCUGCAACCGCGCACCCUCGAGGUGUUCAAGACGCUGGGGCUCGCGGACGAGAUCCUGACGGACGGCUGCCACAUGGAGGAAGUGGCGUUUUGGAACCCGUCCGCCAACGCGGAGGAAGUCAUCGAGCGCACCGCCAUCGUCCCGGACGUCGCGGUGCCGGCGCGCUACCGCCACGAGGUCACCAUCCACCAGGGCCGCAUCGAGCGCAUCCUUGAGACGGACCUUCUACGGUACUCGUCGCGCGGCAUACAGCGGAACUCGCGGCUCGUGCACGUUGCCAUCGACGAGGCUGCCGAUGCGGAGUUUCCCGUCGUCGCCGAGCUGGAAACCAACGGCCAGCGGCGCACGGUGCGGUCGAAGUAUCUGGUGGGAGCGGACGGGGCGCACUCGGUGGUGCGCCGCUGCAUGGGCCUGCAGUUGGUCGGCGAAUCGUUGGACCAUAUCUGGGGCGUGGUGGACUUGGUCGUGGACACGGAUUUCCCGGACAUCCGCCGACGGUGCGCGAUUCACUCGCCGGCUGGGUCGGUGAUGGUCAUUCCGCGCGAGCGCAUCGCGACGGGGGACUACCUCACACGAUUGUAUGUGCAGGUGCCGGAGGAUGCAGUUCCGGAGGAUGGAGUCAAUGAGGAUGUUCAGAAACCGGUAGACGAGGCGGCCGCCAAGAUGGACGCGCGAGCUCGCAGGAGUAAAGUCACACUGGAGAGCAUCUUCCAACAUGCGGCCGAUGCGUUCCAGCCGUAUUAUAUCAAGCCAAGGAAGGGUGGCGCGGUGGACUGGUGGGCAGCGUACCAGAUCGGACAGCGCGUCUCAGACCGGUUCACUGUCAAGGAUUCCAAGGGCAUUGAACGAGUGUUCAUCGUGGGAGAUGCCUGUCACACACACAGCCCAAAGGCCGGUCAAGGCAUGAAUGUCUCCAUGAUGGACUCCUACAAUCUCGCCUGGAAACUCGCCUACGUGAUCAACGGCCUUACUCCCACCAUAUCUCCCAUCCCCGACCCGAUCCUGGCCACCUACCAUUCCGAGCGCCACACCAUUGCCAAGCAGCUCAUCGAAUUCGACCGUGCCUUCUCCUCCAUGUUCUCCGGCAAGAUCGGCAGCGCCGAUGACGGUGUCACGGGGCUCACUCACGACCAAUUCCUCCAGGUCUUCAGUACAGGCAACGGCUUCACCAGCGGUUGCGGAAUCGAAUACCCGGCGAGUCUGAUUGUACAGCAGCACCAAGAACAACAAUCACACCAAACCUCAGACACGACAGUCAGCACGGCUGCUACUUCCACGACCCUCCCCCUCACCCCGGCAAGCGCAAACCCAAUCUACGGCACCGACUACCUCAACGGCAUUCUUCGCCCUGGCCGAAGACUCCUCAACGUAACCUACAAGCGUCACGCUGACGGCAACAGACGCAACCUCCACGAUGACAUCCCCUCCACCGGCCGCUUCCGCCUCCUCGUCCUCACAUCCACCGACCUCCUCGACCCGACAGGCAUCUCCGCAACGACCCUCCGCGCCCUCGGCUCCGCCGUCCUCCCCAAGUACCCGGCUUCCGUGAUCGAGCAGAUCGUCAUCCAUCCCCGGCUGGCCCGCGAGUUCUUCACGUGGCGCGACACGCCCGACGAGCUGAAGCAAUACUCCGAGAUGCGGUUCUACAGCGGAUAUGAGCUGGAGGAUGUGUAUGGCGUCUACGGGGUCGAUCCGGCUCAGGGGGCGAUGGCGGUGGUGCGGCCGGAUGGGUAUGUAGGGACAGUGGCUGCGUUGGGGGAUGUGUGGCGCGUGGAUGGGUUUUUGGGAGGGUGUUUGGUGAGGGUUUGAGGUAUGGAGCAUAUCUAGG